ACCGUCCCCCGGAAACGGUCGCCAGCGAUGCCAAGCCUCAUCCUCCACCAUGCGCCGCCCAUCGGCCGUCCGCCCCCGCCGGCCGUCUCCCGCCUCGCCGCGGCGUCCCCUCCGCACGUCCGCCUAGCCAGGCCGCACGGUGGGCCGCCUCCCGCGAGCGCGUUCCCGGCCGCGAGGGUGGCUCCGGCGGUGAAGUGCAUGGCGAACCCGAGGAGGGUGAAGAUGGUGGCGAAGCAGAUAAGGAGGGAGCUCUCGGACAUGCUGCUCACGGACAAGGUGCUGCAGUAUGCGAUUCUGCCCGAGGCCGCCCUGGGCGCUGAUCGCUACCUGUCGUCGCUCACCACCAUCAGCGACGUCGAGGUCUCUUCCGAUUUGCAGGUGGUUAAAGUGUAUGUAUCAGUCUUUGGUGAUGAAAGAGGAAGAGAAAUUGCAAUUGCUGGAUUGAAAUCAAAAGCUAAAUAUGUUCGUAGUGAGCUGGGAAGACGUAUGAAGUUACGUCUCACUCCUGAAAUACGUUUCAUAGAAGAUGAAUCCCUAGAAAGGGGAAGCAGGGUUAUUGCUAUACUAGAUAAAAUAAAGGCCGAGAAAAAGACAGCAGAAGGUCAGGAUGAAGAGCAAUUUGAGGCAUCAGAUCAUCCUCAAGAUGAAAGAGAUUGGGAAGGCGAGGACCCUGAUGGAGACAUUAUUUAUGUGGAGUAGGUCUAACUGCUGCAUAUCAACAGAUUAUGUUGCUGGACUGAGCAUAUUGCUGCUUCACCGGUUUAAGGCAGUAACGAUAAACCGCACUUUGUGCAGGAAUGGAGGUUUUAUAACAUCAUCUGGACUUGAAAUAUAUCAUGCCGAUCUUCAUUGCAACUCUCACAGUUUUGUCCUUGCAUUUGCCGACCGCACGCCAUGGCAAGCUAUAUUGAGCAUGUACUGUGGAUCUGAGCAUGUGGCCGUAACUUCUUGAGAAGAGCGGAUAGCAACCUUAAAGAAGGUAAGAGCCUGAUUCGAAUCCCGUCGGUUGAGAAUUGCCUGUGUUGAAAAUUUUAUUCAUGUAUAACCAACUGUUUUUAUUUGGUGAGGAUACUAUUGUCUUUGACUUGGCAAAACAAAACUCUCUUAAAGCAUAGGGAUAUCCCCGCCUGUUUUCUUUGA